AUUGAUCGGGUAGAUCCGAUCUGUUGAGACUUUGUAUUAUCAAUAUUGUACGCCGAGUCGUAUUGAGGUGUGAGGAGUCAGUGGGAGAGCGGGUCGAGGGUUACCGGAGCUCGUCAUCAGCAGUGAGGAAGGAGUUGAGACCACUGUCAGGCUCGGCGUAUUUCCUCAACGGACCAGGAGAUUUCCACCAUCCCCACCAUGUCAGCUAUCGUUAUUCAUCCGGCCAACGAGCGAACUCGGCUGGUCAGUGGACCCUCUCACAGCGUUCAAUCAAGUAUAUCUCGAUACGUCAAUGGUGACGAUACGCCUGGCACAAGGGGAUCCACCUCAACAUGGGCGACUCCGAGGGAAGGAUCUCCAAUCCUUGGCCCGAGUGAGCCUGCGCCUAGCGGAAGCAAGGUAUUGGAUCGCUCUGCACCACUGCGAGACUCCAUUUCUAGAUCACGAUUCGUCCUCAUCUGCGUCGGAAUCUGGUCCUCCAACUUUGUCUUUGCUUUCCAGUCGACCGCUAUACCGACGCUGGCACCGCUCAUCUCGUCAGAGUUUAACCAUUCCGAGCUGGCCAGUUAUCUAGGAAGCAUCUUUUCACUGACCAGUGCGGCGGUGAUCCCUGUGUAUGGCGUAUUCAUGGACACGCUCGGGCGUACAUUCGCCAUGGACACGGCUUGCUUCUUCUACGGCCUAGGGACGGUCAUGUGUGCUCUGAGCCCGAACAUGUAUGUGUUGAUCGCGGCGAGAGCUUUUGCCGGGCUUGGGGGAGGAGGGCUGCUCACUGUGUCGAGUGUCAUCGUCACAGACCUUGUCCCUCUGAGAGAUCGAGGCCUGUAUCAGGGCCUCAUGAUGACCGUCUUCGGAAGCGGAUCCAUGAUUGGUGGACCCGUCUCUGGAUGGUUAGCGGACAAAUAUGGAUGGCAUCUGUCAUUCUGGCUCCAGGUCCCCAUCACAGUCUUCUGUGCCACCAUCGUCACGAUGGUCCUCCCUGCCCAACCAAUACCGCCGACCCACACCUCGCUUCUUUCUGGCCUCGCAUCCCUCGACUGGAUAGGUACCAUCCUCCUCAUUGGAUCCGUAUCGACACUCCUCCUGGGCUUCUCAUUCCACACCUCUUAUCUUGAACCAUGGUCUGCUCCAGUCGUCUGGGGAAAUCUACUUGCCAGCGUCGUCGCGUUGGUCAUCUUUGGAUGGGUCGAAACCAGGGUCAAGAGUCCACUGGUACCUAUGAGGAUACUUCGGAGCAAGCACAGGCUGGCCAUCAUGAGCAGUGGACUAUUCUUGUCUAUUGGGAAUCAGGCUUUCAUGUUCCAAGUCCCUGUCUACUUCACCGUCGUCGUCAAGUCGUCCACCGCAUAUGCAGGUCUCAUGCUCUCCCUCUGUGGAGGUGCCGGUCUAGCCCUAGGGUCAAUGAUCGCGGGACAGCAUAUCCGCCGAGGGGGUGCUUAUAAACGCCUCGGGGUGUAUUCGCUCAUCCCAUCCGUCUUCUGCUCUUGGAUCGCAGCGAAUUGGAAUCCCGCGUGGCCAUGGUGGGGGUAUUACCUGACAUUCUUCCCUGCUUCCUUGGGAUAUUCCAUGUUCCUGUGCUGUCAGCUGAUCGCUCUCAUAACCGCUGUCGAUAGCAAGAACAUGCCCAAAGCCACAGCCCUACUAUACACCGUUCGCACACUCGGCGUCGCAUUAGGCAUUUCCAUUGGCGGAUCGAUCCAGAUCGGGGCUUUCGCCUCGCAGAUGAAGAAACAGUUUGGCGACUAUCCAGGCAGAGACGAGAUCAUCUCCUCCAUCCUCCAUAGCAAAGCCGCCAUCGCUCGCUUACCGCCAACGCUCCAAAAUCUCGCUCUGAAAGCCUACGCCUCGUCCAUCUCCAUCGUUUGGAUAUCCACAGGGUGUAUCAUGAUCCUCACCGUCCUCAGCGCUUGCUUCGUCCAGGAAAAAGACGUCACGGGGAACAGUGUCAAGGGUUCGGACAGCCAAGCCGUCAAUAGGGACGAAAACGCGUGAUGCAAGCAUGCAAAUGUACUAGUA